AUAACUCAUACCAAAGUAUUUGCAGAAAUUAGUACGCUUAAACACUUAGCAUGUUUCAAUAUUUUAUUUUAUUGUUAGGACUCCACGUAGUCAUUACGAAUGGUGCAACGUCGGUCAAUCGGCUGUAUCCUUUGGAUGGACGCAUCGUCGGCGGCACGAAUACCAGUAUAAAGGAGCACCCAUAUCAGGUUUCACUCCUCAAAUACGGUUCUCAUACCUGUGGUGGUUCAAUAUUGAAAACCGGUAACAUUAAAACCGAUGGGUUUUUCGUGAUCACAGCUGCACAUUGUGUUACACCCUACACACCACAAAAUUACGCUGUGAAAUUCGGCAUAACCGCUCUCAAUCAACUCAGUCCAAUAGCGCUCGUCGAUGUGAUUGUACGACAUGAGAACUACAACCCACUCACCUCAGACUAUGACAUUGCCUUGAUUAAGCUACGAAAUCAAAUACCGUUCAGUACCUCGUCACAACCGAUACGUAUGUCCAGCAUAAAUCCGGCGGAUGGCACAGCAGCUGUUGUCACCGGUUGGGGCAGCACCAGUGAGGGCGGAUCAUUAUCACCCACAUUGCAGGCAGUCACUGUGAAGGUGGUGGAUCCCAUUGUAUGUGCAACAGAGUAUGCGCCUUAUGGUGUCAUAACGGAACGCAUGCUAUGUGCUGGUGUGCCUCAAGGUGGGAAGGACUCGUGUCAGGGUGACUCUGGUGGGCCAUUGGUGGCCGAUGGGGUACAAAUCGGCAUUGUUUCUUGGGGUCUUGGUUGUGCCAAACCGGGUUUUCCGGGUGUUUACUCGAGAGUGCCAAGUUUAUAUUCUUGGAUACAAAAAAAUGUUAAGAUACUAGGAGCCCUAUAGUAAUAUA